AAGUUUUAUGACGAUAGAUUUACAUGACCUUAGAGUCCAUACACACUUGCACUAGUUAUACAUGAAAUUACAAAUACAAGCAAUACCAUGUACCUUGGUGUAGGCUGUUUGAAAUGAAACUUUACUUGCCAAUGGGCCAAGCGAAUGGUGAGAUGAUAGCAUGCAAUAAGAUAUAUUAAAGUGUAACUACGAGGAGAGAAACAGGCAAUCCUUCUAUUAUUGAGAAGAGGUGUCAAAGAGGAGCAUAUCUCUCUACAUUAUAAAUCCUGUUGCCUAUUUCCUUACAAAAAGACCAGUUUGUCCCUCUACAUUUUCUGUUAUUUCAUUAUACGGCCACUUGACUGAGAACAUAUAUACGGUUUUCUCUCCUCUGCAGUACACGUGUGGCUCUCCGGACCACACCUUCCUUGCCAAUACUUUCUCUCUGCUGGCUACAUCUUGCAAGCACUUUAAUUUGAAAUUUGAAAAUUACGCUUCUUUUACACACUUUCAUUAACACGUUGUUCUGGGCUUUGUUGCGAGCUCGAGAAAGAAGAGAUUAUCGUUGUUUUUAUGGAUUAAUUCAGUGGUCGUCAGAUCUUCGCAGGAGAAGAAGUCCUCACACAAGUGAAUCUUUUGUUUUCAAUUUUGUUUUAGUUUCUGAGCUGCUCCAACUUGAGUGAAUGUUAUGAUGUCGAACAAAGAUGUUGACCUAUGUUUCUUGCCGUGAAUAGACAUGAACCUCUACCUAAUCAUCCUAUGUUUAAUCAGCGCAAUGGGCUGGCGACAUCCUUGGAAGGCCAUGACGAUCAUUCCAGUGGCCGUGGGCAUUAGCUUUGGUUUCCAUAUUAAUUGCUCAAGGACAAAACAAUACAGUGCUCUGCCGGAGGAUCUUGGGAUAAGAAGGUAUAAAAACUCAAAAAACCAAUAGUAAUGGAAGGUUUCAGGACACGGGGACAUUUGUACUGCGAUUUCCUACAUGAAAUUUGGAGGUCUGAGGUAUGUUGUAAAAUAGUGGAGGCCUUUGAAGGCUGUGUAAUUUUCCAGGCGGUUGAUCACAGUAUUGACAGCAAUUUGAAUUCUAAAAUGUAUAGUCUUUUUCGUGAAUUCUUUGCUUUGCCAGUUGAACAAAAGCUCGGGUUUGAUACAAUCGGCGGUAAGAAAGAUGAGACGGGAAGGUGUUCUUCUUUUACGCGGUUUGGAUUCAAGGCUAUCUAAGGAUCUCCCUUCUGAUCUUCAAAAACUCGGGUCCUUAAUUAACAAGCAGCUGCAAUGAACACAAAACUCGGGUCCUUAACAAUUCCACCAGCUUCUCUUCCAUUUUCCCCCGUCGUCUUCAUCAUGAUUUUGGCACCAGUGUAUACCAUAUCAUUAUCCCAUUCAUGCUUAGAGUAACUAAAACAGAAACAGUAACACACAUCCACAACGCAUUGGUUUUGGAUUAGUUCUGUCCGUCAUUAUAAUUAACUUUAUUCUUUUAAUAUGAAGAGUUGUUAAAUUUAUCGAACUCUGUAGGAUUUGAAGGAGCCAGCUGAGAAGCAGCCUUCCGGAAUUCCACCGGUAGAGUUAUUUAAUAAAGUAUCUUAUAGUUUAAGCAAAUGUGCCAAACCAAAAGCCACAGGACAGAUUAGGUCUAGCAUAGUGUGUUACUUUUUGUUGGAAUUACAACUUUUAUGAGAGCAAUAUGUUUGUUGAUCCUAUUUGUACCUGAUUUUUUUUCCAAGCUCUCUCUAAAAUCUGAAUGUGGAACAGCGAUAUACGAGUCAAAAUCAGACCAAGUGACAAAGCGGUGAAAGGAGAAUUUCUAAAUAAAUGGCAUAGAGUAACUAAAACAGAAACAUGAAUCACACAUCUACAACGCAUUGGUUUUGGAUUAAUUCUGUCCGUCAUUGCAAUGGGAGUUGCAGCUUUAGUCUCCCAUGUAAGUUUUUGUGUCUAUAUGUCUGUAUAAUAUAUAUGUCUAAAUGUUGUUCUUGGUUUAUAAAGUUUGGAUUUUGAUGGGUCUUCUGUGUAGUAGUGUUUUGAUGGGUCUUUUGUUUGGAGAGUUGCUAUAGGAACAGAAUGAGAAAGAGAUUGUUUGGAAUUUGAAGGAACCGUGAUUGUUUGAAUUCUAAUACUGGACUAGAGUGUUCUGCUAUAUUUCUAGCAGAGAUUCGUUUGUCCAUGUGUGUUGCAGGUCUCGAGGAAAUUUGCUACCAAAGUUGCUCCUCCAAGGAAAAGAAAGUUGAGGUGAUUUGCCCAAUUACUGUAAUCUCAGAAGUUCAUUUUUUUGUGCACCAUUGAGGGAAUUUUUAGAUUUAUAAUAUACUUAAUAAUUGGACUGAUUUAAGCUUCUUAUGAUACGCUUUUUUGUGUUGAAGCUUAAUCGAACAAUCUUAUACUUAUAAUUUGUAUGACUAAAGAUAUCUGUUGCGCUUUCGCUUAACAGAUUAGCUUAUGGAUCAGACUCUUCACCCUUGAUUAUUAAAUAUAAUUCCGAUCUUUAGAUUGUUUAAUUACUAAUGAAGUCAUGCAUAAUUGUUGGAAUGGUGAAAACAAAAUGAAGUUGCUCCUGAUUAAAUUCGAGAAUCCAAUUGUACUCUAUUGUAGGUAGUUGCCCUGUGCAAUGAAUGCAUAAGUACUCUAGAUUGUUUGAUUGCCAGAAUAUUUUUUUUCUAACAGCAGGGUAUAGGAAAAAAAAUAAUUUUAAGAUAGAGCAUUGAUGCAUUGAUGCAUUGUUGAUAGAUAAGAAUUUUAGGAAAUAAAGGAUGAAUAUUGCUCCCAGGAUUUUAUUGCAAACUGUCCCUGUUUCCACAAAUUGCCCAUGGUUGAUAAGUAUUUGUGGAGAGAUGAACUUGGUUGAUUGGUUUAAAGUGAUGGAUGCAAGUCGUCGUUGAGAAGAGUUAAUAGAUAAUCUCAUUGAAGUACAUCCACCACCUAGAGCAUUGAAGCGUGCAUUGAUCCUGUGCCUUCAUUGUAUAGACUUCCAUCCUCUGGGUGUCCCAAGAUGGGGCAAGUUGUACACCUGCUCGAUGUAGAAGACUUUCCCUUCCAUAGUGUAACUUUUCAUUGUGUUUUGAUAGUUAUGGAAACCAAUACUUUUGUAGUAGGAUUCUUUUGGGAGGGAAGUCACUGAGAAAAGCAUUAAGUGAUGGACAGUCAACAAGUACCCGAUACUGCUUUUUGUUGUAAUUAAACUUUGGUCGGUUACCGUGUAGGAUCGAACUACAAAAGAGAAAUUAAAUUUCUGUAAUAGAAUCCGCAUAACUUAUCAAAAAUAAUAAAAAAAAGAGAAUACAAGUUUGCAAAUGAAAAAACAAUUACAUAAUAAAUAACAAACAAUAUUUUACAAAAUAUGAAAAUUAGUCUAUUUAGUAACAUUUAUAUAAAUUAAUUUCAAAUAAAUGCUUCAUGAUGGUUUCUCAUUUAAUAUACUAAAAACCAAUUUUAACAUUAAAUUUAUAUAAAUAUUUGUUAUUAGAAACAUUUUGCAUGCCCUUGCGAAGCGGGCACACAUACUAGUUCCGAAAUAAUAAUGGGUCUGUUACAGAGAUAUACGGGCAUACAUUCUAAAUGGUGGGUCUAGUUAGAGAGAUAUUAUAAAGUUAUAAAGUUUUGAUCUUUUGUAAAAUUUUAGUGGUGUGUUACGUACUACAUUGUAUUUAUAGUCUAUGUUGAACUUUGUACCACAUUUAUAUCUUUACGGUGAUUUUUAUAGCUUAUAGAUUAAAUUUUCACAUUUGAUUUCAACUUACUUGACUUACCGGUGAUUAUGUCUUUUCAGUUGUUAACUUAAAGUUUGUGCCAACAGGCGAGCAUCGAUGUAUUUUUGCUUCGGAGAAAUUGUCAAAAGACAUGAUGAAAUGACUCUGAAUCACCUGCUCUUGUAUCUCCGGAUGACAUGCUUCAGAAUUCAGAAAGUAAUAUGCAUCCAGGGCAAUUUGAGUUUAUACAAGUGACUCAAGAAAAUUUUAAGGAAAAUGACAUAGACUUGAAUUCACUUCCAUUUUUUGAGGGUGGAGCAACACAUGAAAAAGAUACAGGUGCACAUGAGGAGUUUACAGAGCAUGGAGAAUUUACAAAUAAUCAUAUAGAUUUGAAUGCAAAUCCAUUUUCUGAGAGUGGAGCAACACAUGAACAAGAUACUACAGGAGGUGCUCAUGAGGAGUUUAUAGAGCAUGGAGAAUUUACAAAUAAUCAUAUAGACUUGAAUGCACAUCCAUUUUCUGAGAGUGGAGCAACACAUGAACAAGAUACAGGAGGUGCUCAUGAGGAGUUUAUAGAGCACGGAGAAUUUACAAAUAAUCAUAUAGACUUGAAUGCACAUCCAUUUUCUGAGAGUGAAAAUCAUGUAAUGCAGGAAGAGAAUAUAACAUGUGAAUGCUUCCCGUCGCAGGGUGAAGAAAUACAACCAAAAAAGAUUAACAUAUUAUCUAAUGAACAAAGAAAUGCAAUUUACCUUGCCCUUCUAAGGAGGAGCGUGAAUGGAAAGCUUAAGAAAAAUACCAGCAGAGAAGUUGCUACAUUAUUCUCUGUAUCCAUGCGUACAGUUCAACGUGUUUGGAAACGAUCAAAAGAAAAUAUGAAGAAUGGGGUGACUGAUGUAUCUCAUAAAAGAACAAAAAAUUGUGGUCGCAAACGGAUACAGAUUGAUUUGGAUCAUUUUCGGAGCAUUCCUUUACAGGAGAGAAAAACUAUUCGAGAUGCAGCUAAUGCUCUAAAAGUUAGCACAUCAGUUCUAAGCAGGAAUCUAAAGUCAGGCGAUAUAAGGCGUCACUCCAAUGCAAUCAAACCAUUUUUAAGUGAGGAAAACAAGAAAGGUAGACUACAAUUUUGUUUAGACAUGCUUGACAAAGAAAGUUUACCUCAUGAUCCCAAAUUUCAUGACAUGCAGAAUGUCAUUCACAUAGAUGAAAAAUGGUUUGACUUGUCAAAAAAAUGUGAGACCUAUUAUCUUUUGGCGGAUGAAGAAGAGCCUCAUCGUACUUGCAAAAGUAAAAACUUUGUUACCAAAGUCAUGUUUCUCGCUGCUGUAGCUCGUCCGCGAUUUGAUGGUCAAGGCAAUGUUACAUUUUCUGGGAAAAUUGGCAUCUACCCAUUUAUCACCAAAGAGCCUGCAAAGAGGAGUAGUGUGAAUCGAGUUGCAGGUACACUUGAGACAAAGGCAAUGACUUCUGUUAAAAGAGAUACAGUUAGAUCAUAUUUGAUUGAAAAGGUGAUACGUGACAUUCGAGCAAAAUGGCCACGUGAAGAUAUGCAUAAACUUAUUUGUAUCCAGCAAGAUAAUGCGAGAACUCAUGUGGAUCCCAAAGAUAUAGAGUUUUGUCAAGCUGCCCAGCAAAGUGGUUUUGAUAUUCAGUUAAUGUGCCAACCACCAAACUCUCCAGAUAUGAAUGUUCUAGACCUUGGUUUUUUUAGAGCACUUCAAUCUUUGAGGUACAAGAAGGUGGCAAAAACAAUAGAUGAUCUGGUGAAUGCAGUGGAGGAAACAUUUGAAAAUUAUCCAGUUGAAAAAUUGAAUAACAUAUUCUUAACUUUACAGCUGUGCAUGAUGGAGACGAUGAAAGUGAAAGAUAGUAAUGCUUACAAGCUUCCACACAUCGGCAAAGAUGGUUUGGAGAGACGUGGACAACUACCCAUUCAAAUAAAAUGUGAUGCAGGUCUUGUUAAUUCAGUUUAUGAAUUUUUAAAUGAAGUGUAA